UUUGUUGUUUUUAAGGUUAGGAAGAAAGGUCAUAUACCUGACUUGGCAAAGUUGGAGGAAGUUGCUGCAGAUGAUUGAGUUGAGUCAUUACAGAAUACGUUUUAAGAGGAUUUCUGAAACAAAUAAAAGAAAUCGAGCUAAACUUGAUAUGCUCCACACCACUGGAUCAAAGAGUUUUGCCACAUUCAGCAGUGAGAAAACAACCAACGGGGUGGAGCCAAACCGCAUGGAGCUUUUCAUGAUGACCCGUAAACACAAGGAUGGGAGUUUCGUGGAUGAACAUGCAGCAGAAGUUGCUGAAAAAUUUGAAGCUCUCAUGUCUAGAUGUAAUAAUCGUUCAAAGACCUCGCAAGACACAAUAUCUUGUGAGGAUAACACCUGGGAGGAUGAAAUUUGCUUGAAGGUUUUUGGUAAAGAGCGCCCUGGUCGUGUACGAGGUCUAGGUUUUGGUCCCACACCUUCAGAGAUGUGGGGCCUAUCUUCUCGCCGAUUUCAAUCCAUGAGUGUAUGCCUAGAAAGUGGUAAAGAUGAGGAAAUAAUUAGGUUGAGGGAAGAGUUAAGAACUACACAAGAAACUGUGGCUCAACUAGAAAAAGAAGCAUCCAAGCACAUAUCUCUGAGUGCAAGAGUUGCAUUGUUAGAGGCUCAAGUUGCUGAACUUUCUCGACAUGGCCAGUUUGGAUCUGCUAUGCAGAGAGAGAUCCCUAAUGAGCAUAUGAUUGCGGGUUCAAGGCCUGGAGAGGCUUCAAAUGUUUCAAGUGUCUCUAGGGACUCUCAGCCGGGCUCUUUGCAGAGCCAUCAAACUCAUGCUAUUGAGGGCAUUAUGCAUCGACGGUAUAAAAGGCGUUCUCGAGUUGCGGCUUGAGGAGCAUUACAAGGUAGGAUGCAAACACAUCACCUUCUGCCUUUUCAAAGGAAAAAAAAACGAAAAAGAAAAGAAAAAAAAAAAAGAACAGCAUUAACAUCAAACUUGGAUAAGUAAAGAAUAGUACGGCAAAUUGACUGAAAAUUCCUACCAAAAAAGAAAAAGACUAAGAAAUUACAUUCCAUAUAAAACAGGCUUGGAAUCUUAAACGUGUGGGUUUGAGAUCAUUCCGCCCUGGAUUUCACUGGGAUGCGAGUUUGAUGGGUGGUCAUGGUAUGUCCACAUCUUCUUCCAAAGUUCCUUAACUAAAUUAUGUUUGUGAAGUUUUAGAAUUUGAUUAGUAAGUUUAGAAUAGGCUUAGUUUUUUUUUUUUUUUUUUUGGUUUUAAUUAUUGUGUUUUAAUAUUAAUGUAUUUUGGGUUUUAUCUAGAUCGUAGCAAAAUUUCUGUGGAGUAAAUUUAUGAAAGCACUGCCCUAACUAUUAGGUUACCUUUGUAAAGAUAAUCUCAUAGGAUUGAACUCUACCAGAGCGUUAGGUCUUGUGUGUUUAGUACCAAAAAGUAAGACCAAAUUUGAAAAAGAAAGUAAAUGAAAAAAUUGCUUCUUAUUUUUGGGUAAAAUAAAUUUGUUUCACAUUUGGGUACAAAAU